AUGGAUAGCAAAGUGAAAGAUGCCAUGGCCAAGGUCCUUGAGGACCCUGUGGAUGGGGUGAAUGUGAAACUUGACAAGGUUUUGGAGCUCUUAAAAGAGAACUUCUUGGCAGUUGAGAUGCAGCUCAGGCCUGCAGAACUUCUUGUACACCCUGGAAACAGGGGAGGAAGCAUGGUCAGUCCCCACGAUGUCCACAGGAAGGGGCAAAAUGUUGUGAACACUGGCCUCAAGCGCUCUUUGCUGGCUGCUAGUUCCUUGUGUGUGGAGCUCCCUAGGCUACCUCAUGUCAGAAAAGAGCAGAUUGAAAAGAAUCAGACCUUGUGCAACCAAGCAGAAGGCUUGCUUGGUGGAGUGCUAGGCCAAGAGGGAUACUUGACAUUAGGUUGCAGCCACUGGGUGCAAUACUGCAGGGCCAUGGAGCAAGGUGCAAUGGGGCCCAAUGGUGAGAAGCUUCAUGUUCCAGCAGAGUUGAAAUCAUUGCUCUCUGCAGGAUGGAAAUGGACUGCGUUGAAGCCAGAAGUCGAAGAGGCUUUUCCAGCCUUUCCUUCUUGGGCUGCCAGCUCCUUAAACUCUUCCAAUGCCAAUGUGAAGGCAACCUCUGAGUUGGAAGCAAUGUUGGAGAUUGCUAAUCUUGUCAGGCAAGGCAAAACAGUGGCUCAAGCUGUUGAAGCUGUGAAGGCUGGCUUACCAUCUUGUGCAGAAUACCUGGAUUACAUUGGUCAUUUUGUGAAGCUGUUCUGUGGUGGUGAUCAAUUCCCACUGUUGCAGGUGAUGAAAGACUUUUGCACAAAGUAUGGACCAUCAAUCCUGAUUGGCAAGGAGAUGAUGUACAACCUGAGUUGCUUUGACUUCAAAAUGGAGACCAACAAGCUUCCCAUGACCAGGGCUGCACUCCUUUGCACAAUGCUUACCAGCAAGAAGCACUCAGAUGGCCUGUCUCGAUUGAUCUACAAGGCAGACUUUGAUAGGAUGAGAGGCACUUUAAAGAGCAACACACAGAAUGUUGAGGAGAUAUUGAAAGAUGCUUGGGAACAAUGCCAAAAGUCAAGCACCCACAAAAGCUUGAUGGCAUGGGGCAAGCUUGGCACCAGAAUGAUUUUGCACAUUCUGUCCAAGGAGAAAUAUUCCAGAGAUGCUCCCUUUGAGUCUGUGCAGAAGAUUGUCGAGAGAUUUGCUGAGGACUUGGAAAGUUCACAUGGUCCAAGUGCCUCAACUGGCACUUCUGCUGGGGUGAUGCUGCUGGGGGCAAAGGUUGCACAGAACAGUGACAUCUUCAAAGCAGAGCUGAAGAGGAUUGAGUUGCAGCACAUUCUUUUGGAAGGCUUCAAGGACCACAUCACAGAUGUGCGUGA